AUGGCAUACCAAGCGAUCAACGGCACCCUAGGCGCGCAGCACGAAGCUAACGACACGGUCUGGAUCGCGACACCUACCAACGUAAGCUUCACCGACGCGCCGACGGCCUGGGAGUGGCUGAACUCUAGCAUUGCUCCGUACAACACCAGCGCCGCCGCCGCCGCAGGGAUGGCGGAAGGAGAGCACCCUCUUCAGAGAACCCCAGGAAUUAUCUUCGCCCUCUAUGUCGCCUGCAUCGCUGUCAUCGCGGCGAAUUCCGUCGUCAUCAUCUCAAUCGUUCGCGAGUAUGACAUGGACAACAUCAAGUUCAUCUUCAUCACCAGUCUCUGCUGUGGCGACACGGGCUUGGGCCUGUGCGUGUUCAUCUACACGACGCUUAUAAUCAGCCCGCGUCCCGAUCACGCGAUGAACAGCUUCUGUGACUUUUACCACGGCGUGCUUGCGUUCUUCCUUCUGGUGUCCGUCUUCAGCAUGCUCGGCUUCUCUCUCGACGUGUACAUCAUGAUUGUGCACGCGCUGCGCUAUUAUCAGAUCAUGACCUCGCGCCGCGCGUAUCUCUUCGUGUCGCUCACCGUCUUAGCUGGCCUUAUGUUCAUGACGAUCAUGUAUACAGUCGGCAGAGAGCCGCACCCGGAAAAUCAGCCUUUCCCCAUAUGCUCCUUAGCGCACCUUUACACGCUCGAGUUGCUCUACGUCUGUGUAUUUGUCUUCUUCGUCUUUCCUGUUCUCUUCAUGUGCUAUUUAUAUGGCUACAUCUUCAGCAUAGCUUGCCGAAAGAGCGUCGCACCGGAACACGCCGUUGCUAACCACAACAACGCGUCACACGUCACCAGUGCGCAGCUCAAGAUGGCCGUCACGCUAUUCAUGGUUGUCGCCACGUUCGUCAUCUGCUGGGGUCCGAUAUGGACGAUGUUGGUCGUGACGAAACAGAAUCCGGACGCGUACGACAUGCGGGUUCUGGCGGCAGUCGCCGCUCUUGGUUACCUCAACUCGUUUUUCAACAUCGGGCUCUACACGUGUAGGGUUCCGCGAAUGAGGAAGGCCUUCAUUGGGACGUGCACGUACCUGUGCACUAGAAAUGCGGUAGAGCCGGCCCCAAAUUAA